AUGCCGUCAAUGAGAGAUAAGAGGACGUACUUCAAGCAGAUACAAAACUUCAAGGCCGACUAUGCUCCAGCGGAGUUCACGCAAUGGGAGUCCGAGAGAACCGGCAUGCGAGUUGUCGUGGUUGACAGGAAAGGGCCUAAAGUUUACGGCUAUUUUGCCUUGGCAACGGAGAUACACGAUGAUUCAGGCGCACGCAAAAGAGCCGUCAUUAAUCCAUCUAAGGGCUCAAGGAGCUACAAGUACAAGGGUGUGCUUGACAAGCUUGCGACCAGAGCCUACUCCAACACAAACGCCUGGACGGCUACUGACCACACCGCCUACACUCUUGAUACAGCGGGCUGGGAAGGAUUUGCACAGAUUCUACCUGUUUACCUCGAGCACGUCCUGUUGCCUACUCUCACGGAUGCAGGAUGCUACACAGAGGUUCAUCAUAUUGAUGGCAAAGGACACGAUGCAGGUGUCGUGUACUCUGAGAUGCAGGGAGUCCAGAACACUCAAGGCGAGCUGAUGGCAUUGCAAGCGAUACGGCUAAUCUAUCCCGAACACAACGGUUUCCGAUAUGAAACCGGCGGCAUGAUGGAGCAGCUACGCGUUCUUACUGCAGACCGCAUCCGCGAGUUCCACCGUGAAAUGUACCAGCCGAAGAAUCUGUGCCUGGUGCUGGUUGGGAAAGUUGAUCAUGAAAAUCUUCUAGAUAUUCUUGACGAGUUCGAGGAUGGGAUCCUGGAUUCAGUGCCCUCGGUAGACGCACCUUUCAAGAGGCCAUGGGUUGAGUCGAAGCCGACAACAAAGCUCAGCAAAACUAUAAUUGACACCGUUGAGUUUCCCGAGGACGAUGAAGCAACUGGUGAGGUGUUGGUCGGGUUUCUCGGGCCAGACUGCAACGAUGUUCUGCAGCGAACGGCAAUGGAUGUCAUGCUGACCUACCUCGCCGGCUCAUCCGUCUCGGUACUGGAGAAUGUCAUGGUGGAGAAGGAGCAUCUAGCGAGCGCCGUUUACCACUCCACAGAUACGCGGCCAGCCCUUGUCAUCUGGUUCACCCUAAGCAGCGUAGCUACUGAGAAACUUGCCGACGUGGAAAAACGGCUGUUUGAGCUCCUGAAGGACACAGCGUCCAAACCACUCGACAUGUCGUAUAUGAAAGACCAAUGCAUACGCCGCCUAAGGAGGCAGAUCAAGUACGCGUACGAGAAUUCCAACCAGAUUUGGGCGGAUCCCGUGAUCGAGGACCAUCUUUUCGGCAACAGGGAUGGAUCAGACCUCCGCAAGGGAAUGGGUUCCAUUGAAGAAUUUGACGAGCUUGAGAAGUGGUCUGACACUCAAUGGCGGCAAUUUCUAAGCAAAUGGCUUGCGGAUGCUCACCACGUUUCCAUCCUGGGCGUGCCCUCAAAGAAGCUGUCGAAGAAGCUCAAGGCCGAUGAGAAAGCCAGAACCAAGGCACAGCAAGAGCGUCUGGGCGAGGAAGGCCUUAAAAAGCUUGCCGAGAAGCUGAAAGAGGCCGUCGCCGAGAACGAAAAGGAGGUUCCGAAGGAGGUACUGGAGAAGUUUGAGAUUCCCGGCACUGACUCGAUCCAUUUCUUUCCUACUGUCACGGGCCGAUCGGGUCUUGCGAAGAAGAUGGGCGACCUCGAUAACGACAUCCAGAAGGUCAUCGACAAGGACAAGACAGACCUUCCGCUCUUCAUUCACUUCGAGCAUAUACCCACGAACUUCGUGCACUGGAGUUUGGUUUUGUCCACUGGCUCAGUACCAGUGCAACUGAGACCCCUACUGGCAGUGUACAUCACAAACUUUUUCAACACUCCAAUCAUGCGCGAGGGCAAGCGCAUCGAGUUCGAGCAGGUUGUCACAGAGCUUGAAGAAGAAACGAUAGUCUACUCUAUUGACACAGGCACCGGCCUCGGAAACUCUGAGCUUCUGCGCAUUAAGUUUGUUGUUGAGCCGGAGAAGUACGAGGCCUCGAUCAAGUGGGUAAAGGACAUGCUGUUCAACAGCAUAUUCGAUGCAGAGAGACUGAAGGCAACACUUACCAAGAUGCUCGCUGAUAUUCCAGAGGAGAAGCGAAGUGGCAAUGGCAUGGUACAUGCCGUCGACGCAAUGAUUCAUUUCGCCCCACAUUCGAGCUCCCGAGCUCAAAACACUCUCGUCAAAGCCUUGUAUCUCAAGCGCAUCAGCCGACUGUUAAAAGACGAUCCCGAGUCCGUCAUCUCCAAGCUCGAAGAGGUCCGCAAGACCCUCUGCUGCUUCUCCAACUUCCGCGUCCUCGUCAUCACCGACGUCAACAAUCUCCCCAAGCCCGUUUCCUCCUGGAAGAUCCUCACCGAUGGCCUCGAUACAUCUGCACCGCUUGCACCUCUCGACUCCCGAAGAGAAGCCCUCAGCGACGCCGCAAGAAGUCCCGGAAAACUGGCCUACAUAGUGCCGAUGCCGACCAUCGACUCCAGCUACGCCAUGUUCACAGCCCGCGGGCCCGAGUCUUACAACCACCCGCAGCUCCCUGCACUGAUGGUCGCAAUCGCCUACCUUGAUGCCGUCGAAGGCCCGCUGUGGGUCGCGGUGCGCGGCACGGGUCUCGCGUACGGCACGGGCUUCUCGCGCGGCACCGACACAGGCCUGCUCGGUUUCCGCAUCUACAGGAGCCCGGACGCCUUCAAGGCCUACGAGAGGUCAAGGCGUGUGGUCGCGGACCUUGCGAGCGGAAAGACGGCCUUUGAGAAGCAUGCGCUCGAGGGCGCCAUCAGCAGUAUUGUGGUCGGGUUUGCGGAUGAGCAGGCCACGGUGGCUGGAGCGGCGGCGCUGGGGUUCAUUAAUCAGGUCGUUAGGGGUGUGCCGAAGUCGUGGAACGAGGAGAUGCUGAGGAAGGUUAGGGAGGUCACGGAGGAGGAGAUCAGGGAGGUGCUGCGGGAGAGGGUGCUCCCGGUUUUUGAGCCCGGGAAGGCGAACUUCGUGAUUGCGUGUGCGGAGAUAAUGAAGGAGAACUUGAAGAAGAACUUUGAGGAGGUGGGCUUCAAGCCUGAGAUACAGCCGCUGGCCCACUUCCAGGAUGACUACGGGUUGAAGCCUGCGGAGGGCGAGGAAGAUGAGCAGCCAACUGAGGAAGAAGAGAGUGAUGACGAGGACGGAAGCGACGAGGACGACGAGAGCAGUGAUGGUGAUGGUGAUGACGAUGAAUCGAAUGACGGGUAA